AUGACUCAGAACUACCAGCACAUCCUUGCCUUGGAAUUUGCUGUCAAAGAAAUAAAUAAGAACCCCCAGAUCUUACCCAAUGUCACCUUGGGAUUCCAGAUCUAUGACAGCUAUAUGAAUCCUAGAUGGACAUUCCACUCUGCAAUGGAUCUGAUUUCUCCAAAAACUAGAUUUCUUCCAAACUAUAAGUGUGAAACCCAGGACAAUCUAAUUGCCAUCAUUGAAGGACUUGACUCUGCAAGCUGUCAAGGGAUAACAGAUGCUCUGAACAUCUACAAACUUCCACAGUGGACAUGGGUUGGAUUAUUAACUGCAGGGGGUAUCAAUUCAGAAUGGAUCACGCAAGCUGUGGUUGCAGAAUUUGCCCAGAGUGGCAUCUGUUUUGCCCUCACAGAAAUAAUCUACACUGUAGGAAUGGCUGAUGAACAUGGUGGAGUUCAGAUAUGGGCACCCAGACUGUAUCAUAAUAUUAUUAAAAGCACAGCUAAUGUAUUUCUCUUCUUUGGAGAUUCUCGUUUCAUGAUUAUUUUGGUCUGGUUACUAGGCACAGGAAUUACGAGAGAGGCAAAAGAAAAUCCCAAGGGGAACGUGUGGGUUUUUACAGCUCAGACAGAAUUAAAAUCAUAUGGCAACAAACUGGGCUGGGAUAGACAUUUAGAAGACUUCCAUGGAGCUAUAGGGAUUGCAGCUCACUCCCACGAACUUCCAGGAUUCCAAGAGUUGAUUCAAAGCAAAAGUCCUCUCAGCACUAAAGGAGAUUUUUUCAUCAGAGACUUCUGGGCAUCUGCAUUCCAUUGUGUAUUCCCAAACUCUGUGCUGUAUAAUCUUUCUGGAGAUAACUGUACCGGUGAGGAAAAACUGGAGGACCUUCCUGAGGAGCUUUUUGAAAAACAGAUUACUGGGCACAGCUACAGCAUCUACAAUGCAGUCUAUGCUGUGGCCCAUGCUUUACAUGCUGCAUAUUUAUACAAAUCAAAACACAGAAGAACGAUGGAAGGGAAAAGGGAGAGGUCUGAGCAGCCAUGGCAGGUUAAUCACUUCCUGAAGCAGCUAUCAUUUAACAACAGUGCUGGGGACACAGUUUCCUUUGAUCAGCAUGGGGUAAUCAUAACUGAAUUUGAUGUUAUCAACUGGAUGGUAUUUCCAAACCAGUCUUUCUUCAGAGUGAAAGUUGGAAGGAUGGAUCCCCAAGCUCCAAAAGAAGAAAUCCUCACCAUUAACAGGGAUGCCCUUGUAUGGCCCAGGGGCUUUCACCAGGCACAGCCUGUUUCUUGGUGUAAUGACCCCUGCCAUACUGGUUUUAGCAAGAGGAAGAAAGAGGGGGCAGAAUUCUGCUGCUAUGAUUGCAUUCCAUGUCCGGAGGGCAAAAUAUCUGCUCAAGAUGACAUGGCUGACUGCUCUCAGUGUGAAGAUGAUCAUUAUCCAAAUAAGGGUCGGGAUUCAUGCAUUCCCAAAGUUGUAACCUUCUUAUCUUACAAUGAACCUUUGGGGAUGGGUUUAACGGUUGCUGCCCUUUCAUUUAUUUUAGUCACUAUUCUUGUGCUUGGGACAUUUAUUAAGCACCACGACACUCCCAUCGUCAAAGCCAAUAACUGGAAUCUCACUUAUACUCUUCUCCUCUCCCUCCUGCUCUGCUUCCUUUGCCCAUUGCUUUUUAUUGGCCGACCUCAGAAGGUGACAUGUCUCCUCCGACAAACCACAUUUGGUAUCAUCUUCUCCAUGGCUGUUUCUUCUGUGUUGGCAAAAACCAUCACCGUUUUUCUAGCUUUUGUUGCCACCCAGCCAGGCUCCAGAAUAAGGAAGUGGGUGGGGAAAAAACUGGCUAAUUCCAUUGUUCUUUCCUGCUCCAUUGUGCAAGCAGCCAUUUGUUUCUUCUGGCUUCUAACAUCUCCUCCAUUCCCUGAUGCUGACAUGCAUUCAGUAACUGGUGAAAUUGUACUGCAAUGUAAUGAGACAUCAUCUAUCAUGUUUUACUGUGUCCUGGGCUACAUGGGCUUCCUGGCCAUUGCCAGCUUCACUGUGGCUUUCUUCUCCAGGAAGUUACCUGACAGCUUCAAUGAAGCCAAGUUGAUCACUUUCAGCAUGUUGGUCUUCUGCAGUGUAUGGUUGUCAUUUGUUCCAACCUACUUGAGCGCCAAGGGGAAAUUCACAGUGGCUGUGGAGAUCUUCUCCAUCUUGGCCUCCAGUGCUGGGUUGUUGGGAUUCAUCUUUUUCCCCAAAUGCUAUAUUAUUGUUCUGAGGCCUGAGCUGAACAAUAAGGAACACCUCAUCAGGAAAAAUGUCUGA